AUGCCUAUCCCACACUACGGCGUAUGGGUUGUUCGGGGCAUCAGGUAUGAAGCCGAACGAGAGGUGGACGAUCCUAUAUCCCCCCAUAUCCACCUCUAUUUCAAAGACCACCCCGAGGGUCGCCAAGAGCGCCGUGCUGCUAUUAACGUCAAGUCCCGUGACAAGGACUCACGGCUGGUAUACUGGAUAAGCAAAAACUUCACUCACCCUCUUACGCACCAGCUAAGCGAACUUGAUUACGGCUUCGAACUUAUCAAGCCGAAUAGGGGUCCCCUACAAGGAGUUGAUUAUCUUCGUACCGAGCACCUUCUCCCCGGCGGUAUCGAGGCCGGCAAACUCGUACCCCAUGACAUCCCCGGACCUGAUAAUGAUAUCCUUGACAAAGUUGAGCCGAUACUCGCUGCGGCUAUCAACGGCAACGCCAAGAUAUAUCUUUUUGGCUCGUCGUUCGGAUCGGGGAUUCAUGAUAUACACAUGAAUCAAGGGAGUUUACCGCAAUAUCCCAAUGGGGUGUAUCAGGACGGGGCUAUCCUUGUGGAGUUUCAAAAUGGUCACUGGGAGGCUAUGUUUCUAGCCUUUGCUUCGCAGAAGGCUCGGACCGAUGAUGAGUCGGGGGAGGCACUUAGGGGAAGUGGUUCUUUUGCUGAGAUACUUAAGGAGCCCUGA